UUUUUUUUUUUUUUGACGAUGCCUCCUUCAAAGUGGGAUGAGGAAGAGGAGAGUUCCUCCCCUCCUCCUAUUGUCCACCGACGUAACAAGUUUGAGGACGAGGAGGAAGAAGAUGUCCUCGACUCCUGGGAUGCCGCCGAAGACUCCGAGGUCGAACGCGAAAAGGCAGCCAAAGCCGCCGAAGCCAAGGCUAAGGCCGACGCUGAAGCCGCUGCAAACAAGAAGAGCAAGGCACAGCGGGUAGAGGAACACCGGGAGCAACGACGACGACAGGCAGCUGAGGCCGAAUCCGACAGCGAGGAGGAUGAGGCGGAGCGAAGGGCCCGUCUGCGCCGCACGGAGAAGGACUCGGAUCUUAUGCACGCUGCCGACCUCAUUGGCGACAUCGACAUCAACCGCAUGGCCAACCGCAGCGCUGCCCCCAAGGCCGUUGUCGUCGGAGACUCGGCUGACCCCACGAACGCCGUCGACCUGUCCGCCAUGCCGCUGUUCAAGCCCACCACCAAGGACCAGUUCGCCAAGCUCACCUCUACUAUCGCUCCGCUGCUGACGGCGCAGUCGAAGAAGCCCCAAUACGCCCUGUGGGCGCAGGAGUUUGUCAAGCAGCUCGUCAAGGAAUUGCCCAGUACCGAGGUGAAGAAGAUCUCCAGUGCUUUGACGACCAUGAGCAACGAGAAGAUGAGGGAGGAGCGUGCGGCCGACAAGGGUAGCAAGAAGACCAAAGCUGCCAAGACCAAGGUUUCGCUGGUCGCUUCUAGGGACAACCAGAUCGAUUCCAACACUUACGAUGAUGGUUUGGAUGAUGAUGACUUCAUGUGAUUGAUUGAUAUAAAAACAAAGAUCCCACCCACGUAUGCGGUCUAUGGGCAAGGGGGUUUCUCUUUUUUUUACUACUUUUCUUCCCAUUUUCCUCUGCGGAGUAUAACAACCUAUGUUUUCUAUGUUUAUGCUAAUUGGAAUGGACAGUCCAACAACUUCUUUUCUCAUUUUAUCCUACUGUCCUCUUGAUAUCAUCUUUUCGUCCCAAUAGAUCAUCUACACCGUUUUUUUCAAUUUUAUGAUUUGUAACCAUACUUUGUAUUCCACCC